AAAUGGUGUAUUAGGUUCAACUGCGCAAUGUAUCUUUAAUGGCUGUUCUGGUGAACGAUAGGAUGGCAUAAAAGCCAUGGCCAUAGCCAGGCCAAGGAAAUCAUUACAUCGUCAGUAAGCUAUAAUGGCCUCUCCCAAAUAACGGGGACGUCUUCAGGAUUCGGAAGAUCCAUGAUGGAGCAUGCACUCAGUCAAGGCGACAUCGUAGUAGCGACCCUCCGCAAACCAGAAGUCCUAUCGGAUCUCGCGGCUCGAUACUCAGCAGACAGACUCCUCAUACUCAAAGUGGAUGUUUUGAAGCAAGAAGACAUCGACGAAGCAUUCGAGCGCACGCGUUCGGCGUUCGGACGGCUGGACGUCGUGUUCGUCGAUGCCGGAUAUGGUGUCUUAACGGAAGUUGAAGGCACGCCCGAUGAUAAAGCGCGCGAGGUUUUCGAGACGAACUUUUGGGGUGCGACGAAUGUUGGUCGUGCCGCUGUAAACUUUUUUAGGGAGGUAAAUGAACCGGGCAAGCGGGGGAUAAUUCUUCAAGUCAGUUCGGUCACUGGGUAUCAUGCGUCUCCUGGAUUUGGUUAUUAUACUGCGUCGAAACAUGCGCUGGAGGGUUUCUCAGAUGGUCUCGCGAAAGAGUUGCCAACUCCCUGGAACAUGAAUAUCUGCAUCAUUGAACCCGGGACGUUCCACAUAAACGGACACAAAGGUGCAGUGGUAUUACCGCAGCACGCCGAUGAGUCCUUUGCGACUUCCGCGUUGCGUCAGACGAUGGAGGGCGCGGUCUUGGAAGGAGAUCCAGAAAAGUUCACGUGGAUUGUGUAUGAGGUUGUACAGGGAGGAAAGAUAUCGAAGGGAUUGCCUAUGGGUUUGGAUGCGCUUGAGAUGAUGAAUCUUAGGAUUGAGAAUUUGAAGGCGACUGUGGACGAGACGAAUUUAGGGAUGGUCAGUGGGUUUGGGGAGAACUGAUGGGAGGUCAGACACUGGUGAUACCCGCUCUACUUCAUCCAUAUGAGCUGUUGUUCGUCGAAGUUAUGUUAUCCAUCCAUAUGCAUAUUUAUGAUAUGAUUGUUUUGGUUUUGGCAUGAAUUUGGUCUCUUUAACGCGUAAGUCAGCCAUUUGUGCAAAAUCGUUUAUCGUUCC